AUGUUGAUGUCAAAUUAUAAACAAUUAUAUAAAUAUAUUGAAAAUUGGUUAAAAUUAAAACCUGAAAAUAUAGAUGAAAAAACAUGUCAAUUAAGCUUUUAUAUAGAUUGUAUGAAAGUAUAUUAUGGAUUAACCAAUGAUAAAUUAAAAUAUUGUGAUAAUUUUCAUGGUACUGUAUUCAAACAUUUAUUUGAACGUUUAAUUCCUGAUUUUUGUUUAAUUGACAAUUAUAAUUCAAAUCUUAAAUCAAAAGAAAGUGGUCUUGAUUUAGAAUUCUUACCAUGUCAUAUAGUGUCGAUUCUUGAAAUAAAGAAAAAAAUGAAAACUGAUGAUAUUGGUCAACUUAUACAUUAUCUACAAAUAGUUUUGGAUUAUUCUCCAUCAUGUCGUAAAUUUAUAAUAGGUGCAAUAACCGAUUUUCAAGACAUUAGAUUUGGAAAAGUUUCAAGAACAAAUAAUGAUUAUGAGUUUUUAUAUGAAGCAUCAAUAUGUGUCACUGAAGAUAAAGAGAAAUAUUUAUUAAAUUAUUUAACAACAUUUUUUACAAUAGAUUCAUCACAACUCGGUUUUAAACGAUUAGAACUAUUUCCUAAAGGUAUUCUUAUUCAUAAUCAACUCUUAGGAAUUGGUGCUAAUUCACUCGUAUUUAAUUGUUUAACUAAUCCAGAUGAUAAAAACAAUGAAUAUACUUUAAAAAUAAGUAACAAAUCAGUUGAUAGAGAAGUAUUUAUUUAUAAAAAAUUGUAUGGUGAUAAAUACAAAAUUGAAAAAGUUUCUGAAUAUAUUUUCUUAUUUCUUCAUGCACCUGGUAAAAUGAUAUCGAAAGAAAAUUUAUUAAAUCGUAUUGAUACCGUAUGGACACAAAUUAAACAAGCACAUCGAUAUAAAAUCUUACAUCGUGAUAUUCGAAAAUCUAAUAUUAUAGAAAUAUGGAAUCAUCAAAAUGCAAGUACUGAUAUAUUAUUAAUCGAUUGGGAAAGUUCAGUUGAAAUUGGUUUUUCUGGACAAUAUCGUGGAACAUUAUCAACUGCGUCAAAAUUUAUCCUCAAUGAAUUAAUAAACAAAAGAUAUGAUAAUAUUCAAUGUUUGCCAAUUGAUGAUUGCAUCUCAUUCAUGAAAAUGAUUCUUUUAGAAAUAAUUCCAGAAAUAUAUCCAAAAGCAAUUUCAUUACAAGUAAAGAAUGGUUCAUAUUCUGGUAUUAACGUUAUUUAUGAAGAAAUAUAUGACAAGUAUGAAAAUAAACAAUUAAUUCUAUUAAAAAUAAUAACAUUUUUGGAAACUGAAGCAUAUCGUUCAACUUUAAAAUGUGAUAUGUUACAUUCUUAUAUUGAUCAAUGUAUACAAAGAAAAUAUUGUUUAUGUCAAGUGGAAAAUUCACAAUUAGAUAUUGAUUAUUUUGAUCAAUUAGAAAAAGAUUUAUUGUCAUCUUGA